AAAACACUACUGCCCUACGAGUGCGGACCACUGCAAUCGGUCAAAUCGCUGGUGGACGACGCGCUAUCAUGGUCAUUUGACACCAGUCAAUUCACCAAGGCGCAGUACGUGCGCAUUGCGGGCACUGUAAUUUUUACCGGCUAUUUUUGGCCCUUCACCCGGGACCAUGUAAAAUUUGAUGCCCUGAUCAAAAUGAUCAUACACUUUUUCGUGGCCGACGACCAUGAUGAAACCGUUUACGGCCACAUCGAUCGCGACGCCGGCAAAGCGGCCGCAAUUUUGGGCCAACUCUACGACGUUUGCGAUAAGAUUAGCGACACUACGGGUAGGGGUCGACACGUGUCGGCCAUACACUGGAAGCCGUAUAUAUUGGCCGCGUAUGCCGUUUACGAUGAAAUCUAUUCGGCGCUAAACGAGGUUCAAAAGCGUCGCUUUUUGCAUGUGUUUAGGGAGUGGAACGACGGUAUGAUUGCCGAGUGCUUCGAUAUUAAGAGUAAACGUCAAUUCGCUAACCUGGAUGAAUAUAUUGAGGUUAGGGGCAAAUCGAUCGCAACGAUGCCAUUAAUACAUCUCAUCGAAUACGCGGACAACCUGUACGUACCGGAGCCCGAGUGGAACCACCCGUCGAUGCGCGCGCUGUUCGCGCACUUGAAUCGGGCGCUCAUAAUCUGCAACGACAUGUACUCAUUCGAGAAGGAGUUGUUGGACGCCGGGGGCCGACCCGACGGCGUGUAUAACAUUGUGGCCGCGUUUGCGCAGAUCGAAGGCAUUUCGUUGGAGGAAUCGAUGCACCGAUUGGUCGACGAGAACGAGAGGGCGGAGUCGGCGGCGUUGAAAGUGUUUGACGAGAUCGAGGGCUCGGAGUGGGCGAGUCAUGACACCCGACUGUUUGCCCGCCGGGCUCUGUAUAUCAUUGGUGGCCAUUGGAAAUCUAUCAAAUAUGAUUUUACGGGACGGGUAGCCCUGAUAACGGGAUCGAGUGCGGGCAUCGGUGCGGCCACUGCUAUACUAUUGGCCAAAAGUGGAGCCCAAGUGGUAAUCACCGGACGUAAUGCCGAUAACAUCGACAAAGUCUGUAAACAAUGUACAGAAGUGUCGCCGAAAGGAUUGAAAGCGGUUCCAGUGGUGGCCGACGUGACCAAAGAGGCAGAUCUCGACCGACUUCUGGCCACUACUGUCCAGACUUGCGGUCAAUUAGACAUUCUCGUCAAUAAUGUCGGGUUCACGUCGUUGUGUCCGUUCACUGACGAGCAUUUUAUGCAAAAUUUCCGGUCAGUUAUGGACACAAACCUUAAUUCAAUCGUCUAUUUAACAAAAAUAUCGGUCGAAUAUUUGGAGAAAACCAAUGGAUCGGUAAUUAAUAUGUCCAGUGUUUUGGGGUUAAUAACAGCUCCAAUGAUGACGUCAUACUGCAUGUCAAAGGUGGCGCUCGACAUGUUUACCAAAUGCAUGGCCGUCGAGUUGGGACCCAAACGUAUACGCGUUAAUUCAAUUAACGCUGGUUUGGUUGGAAAUACCAACUUUUUCAAAACUAAUUUCGGCGCUACCGAUGCUCAGGAGAGCGCUAUGGCUGAGCAUAUGGAAAACCUAUUACCGGUUGGACGACUGGGCGAUAGUCUGGAUGUGGCCAAUACCGUGGCCUAUCUGGCCAGUAAUGAGGGUAGUUUUGUCACCGGCACCAAUCUGUUACUAGAUGGUGGACACAUGGCUGCCAAUGUUGGCCACAAUAUUGGGUUUCGUUAA